ACCUACAAGUGUUAGGACCCGGGCUGAGAGAAAGGGCAGAGACAUACCACAUAAUUUAUCACGUCUGUGCAGGUCUUGAGCAGUCACUCCUAAGUAUCCAAGGCUUCAUCAAAGCAAGACAAAACUCACCCAACUGAUGAAGUAUUUGGAACAAAACUAUUGCUCAGAUAAAUGGAAAAAGAUUGCUUGCUGCUGAAGUUGCUAAAAUCACCACCAAGCCACAGAAACACUGCCAAAGCAGCCAACGCUCUCAGUGCCCAGGCCAAAAUUGCUGGUGCCUAUGCAAAGGAUGCUGGACUGGAGGCGGCCAAGGGCACUCAUCAUCCUGGCUGUGACAUUGAUGCUCUGGAGCUCAGAAGUCCUCUCAGUGGACGUAACAACCAAGGCCUCUGACUCUGGAGUCAUAGAUGCACAGUUACCACCCACAGUUAGGGAAGAGAAAUCAGCUACUGACCUGGCAACAAAGCUCCUGCUUCUGGAUGAACUGGUUUCCCUGGAAAAUGAUGUAAUUGAGACAAAGAAGAAGAGGAGCUUUUCUGGCUUUGGGUCUCCCAUAGACCGACUCUCAGCUGGCUCCGGAGAUCAUAAAAGUAAACAGAGGAAAGCAGUCAAUCAUCCAAAAAGGCGAUUUGGUAUCCCCGUGGAUCGAAUUGGUAGAAACCGGCUCUCAAAUUCCAGAGGGUAACUAUUCCAGUGAUGCAGACUCCUUCUGUGAAAUAUCACUGAAAACAGAAGAUGCUUCAAUGAAGUUCUUCAUACUCUUUCAUAACUGAAUUUUUAAUGAACUGAUUUCUGCAGAUCCUUCUAAAACUUGAACUUCAGUCCUUCACAUCAUACUAUUGUUUCAGUUUUAUUAAAUUGUGGUGAUCGUUUCAAUGUAUGUAUAUUUUAAAAAUAUAUAUUUAAUUAUUCAGAAAUGGUUACCUGCCCCCUAAAUCAUACUUUUAAAAAUAACGGUCAAAAUAUACAAUAAAGU